GGAGACCACCAAAUGGGUUGCAGACAUUCGGGAUCUCUACGAAGCCUUUGAGGCAGACACGCCUCAAUUCCGUCGUAAUUGGUGGGAGGCAGCCUUCAAGACGCCGAGCUAUGUUACAAACUUUGAGACACCUGAGCGUUUCUUCACGGAUUGGGUAGUGCCCACGACCAACAAAGGUGUCCAAGAUAGAGUCAUUAGCAAGAGCUAUGUUGCCGUGCAGCCAAGCAAUGUACAGGAGGAGCUACGCAAAAAGAUCGACACGGUCCUCGAUAGCCACGAAAAGGUGUGGAUCGAUGAGACGAGUGGCAUCUUUGAGUAUCCAUAUAGAACCACUGUGAUAGCUAUGAAAAAGAAAGCUAAUUAA